UCAGAUUGAAUAGAUCAUAGCCUUGUUGACUAGUAAAGUUUCAAAAUUUUCAGUAAAAAGAUUUUAGAGAGUGAGUGUGUGAUUGAGAUGGUGGAGUCGAAAAUGGUGACUGAAGAAGUAGAGGUGAUACACUUGUGGUCCUCACCGCGCUCCCUCAGCACAAGCCUCAUGUAUUCUUUUGCUCAGAGAGAUGACACUGAAGUUCUCGACGAGCCUCUAUAUGCCAACUAUUUGCAAGUAACCGGAGAGCAAAGGCCUUACAGAGAAGAACUCCUGUCAAAAUUGGAGUCGGAUGGAAAUAAGGUUAUACAAGAAAUCAUUUUUGCUCCUGGAGAAAAGACGUACAGAUUCUGUAAGCAUAUAGCUAGUCAACGUCUGCCAGGCCUAACAUCGGACUUAAUGAAGAGAGGAAAGCACUGCAUACUGAUCAGGAAUCCCCUCGACGUGUUGACAUCUUACGACAAGGUUUCUCCCCCAUCAUUUGGUGUGCUGGGGUAUUGUAGCUUGGUCUCCAUUUACAAUGAGCUCUGUGAUCAAGGAAAAACCCCUCCUGUCAUUGAUUCAGAUUUGCUGCGAGAAGACCCUGAGGCUACAUUGCGUGGUCUGUGUGGCGAUCUUGGUAUUCCAUUUCAAACUGCUAUGCUCAAAUGGGAACCUGGACCAAAACCAUUUGAUGGCAUGUGGGCCCCCUAUUGGUAUAAGAAUACACAUAAAUCAACAGGUUUUGAGCUACCAAAAAAGUAUCCCUCUCCAUUUCCAUCCUCUUUGUACAACUUGCUGGAGCAAAGUUUACCUUUGUACAACUUGCUUAGGUGCUAUGUUAAGGGAUCAUCAAACGGUGUCCAACCUGAACUCCCUGUUUCUACGAAUGAGAAGUUGCUUGUUUGGGUUGGCGAUCAGAUUAUGCCUCGUGAAAGUGCAAAAGUUUCAGUAUUUGACUCAAUUGUCCAAGGUGGAGAUGGAGUUUGGGAAGGUCUUCGAAUUUAUAAUGGUAAAAUAUUCAAAUUGGAGGAGCAUUUAGACAGGUUGUUUGAUUCUGCGAAAGCGCUGGCUUUUAGCAAUGUACCAACUCGUGAGCAGGUGAAGGAAGCAAUUUUCAAAACUUUGAUAAGAAAUGAAAUGUUUAAUGAUGCGCAUAUCAGAUUGACUCUGACUCGUGGCAAGAAGGUCACUUCUGGAAUGAGCCCAAGUUUCAACCAGUAUGGAUGUACUUUAAUUGUGCUUGCUGAAUGGAAGCCACCAGUAUAUGACAAUGAGAAGGGUAUAGUUUUGGUGACGGCUACCACACGCCGUAAUUCACCCAAUAAUUUGGAUUCAAAAAUCCACCACAACAAUCUGCUUAACAAUAUUCUUGCCAAGAUAGAAGGGAAUAAUGCACAUGCUGAUGAUGCCAUCAUGCUUGAUAAAGAUGGAUACGUAUCAGAAACAAAUGCAACAAACAUUUUUUUGGUGAAGAAUGGCCGUGUAGCUACUCCCUACAGUGAUUAUUGUCUUCCUGGUGUAACUCGUGCAACUGUUGUAGACCUUGCGGUGAAUGAGAACUUAGUUAUGGUUGAGCGACGUAUCAGUUUGUCAGAGUUUCAUACAGCAGAUGAGGUCUUCACAACAGGAACCAUGGGAGAGCUCAGUCCAGUCCUUAAAGUUGAUGGACGUACAGUUGGAGAUGGUAUGGUGGGACCCGUGACGCGAAGAUUGCAAAAUGCGUAUACAAAAUUGAGCUCAGAAUCAGGAGUGCCUAUACCGGGUUAUAUACAUAACUGAGACUAUAUAUCAAGGAGUUGACCAUGCUUCUCAGGGCACGGCGGGGAAUUGAGUUGGCUAACACGAAGUUAUUUUAAAGAAUAAAAAGGGCGGGAAACCUUCGUUAAGCGCUGGCAACGUCACCACUAACAAUGUGCAAAUCUUCGUUUGACAUUGUGUGGAAGGCAUACUAGUAUUCUGGAAUUGCGAUUUUAGUAAAAUAAUAAUAGUAUAUGGAAUGCAUACCUGCAAAUAAAAUCACUCCAAGCAAGAAACCAAUUGAACUGAGCUAUCUAUUGGCAUGGAAACAUUCUAGAAUUGCAACAGAGGGAAUGGAUAUUUUUUGUCCAUUUUCUAAACAUCAUAACAUUUUCUCUGCACUUCUCCUAUUCUCCCUUCCUAGCUUCUUUUCUUGUUUUCUUAUCAAUGUCUUUACUCACUUCACGCUCAAAUUUGUAUGAAAGAACUUACAUGAAACUCUUUUAAUUA